AUGUCGCGUGGAAUCCCACCAUCAUCGAGAAAUAUGCAAGUACCAGGUACAAGCAGUGGCCGUCCAAUUGGCACGGCUAGUCGGUUAACAACAGCUAGUGGACAACGUCCUGUAAGUCGAGGUGGUCCACUUGGUUCAAAUAUGCGAAUUAAAGUUGAAGAUACACCAAUGAAUCGAGGUGGAUUAGGUGGCAUUCAAAAUGCGGGAGGAUUUGGUGGUCGUCAAGUACAAGAUCGAACAUAUUACGUUGGUCUUGUUCGAUCAAAAGUAUCGGAACUUGAAGCUGAAAUUCAACGAUUACAACGUGAAACAGAUUCAUUUACUGAAGAUAAUAAACAAUAUUUCGCAUUAAGCAAAGCAGCAGAAGAUUUAUCACAACAAAUCGAAAGUUUACGUAAUGAAUUAGCCGAUUGUAAUAUGGUUAUUGAUCGCUUACAAACAACAGGUGAAGUUGCUGAAUUCAAAAAAGAAAUUGCAGAUUUAAAUGCACAUAAUCAUCAAGUUGAAUCAACUAUUGAUGAAAUUUAUCUUGAAAAACAAAGGAAAGAACAACGAAUUCAACGACUUGAACGUGAUCUUGGUGAUGAGAAGAGAAAAUCUGAAAAACUUUUAGAAAAUAUGAAUCCUGAAUUAAAACAACGUUAUACAAAAAUAAAAUCUACAUCCUAUCAACUUCAAGGUCAAAUGGAUGCAAUGCAAAAUGAAAUUUCUACACUUGAUGGUCGAAUGAAUAAAAUGCGUGAGCAAAUGUCAGGUGCAGUUAUUAAACAAGAUGCAUUACAAUUAGUUGAACAAAUCUAUGAACUUGAAUUAAAACGUGAACAUUUAACUAAUGAAAGUAAAAAUAUUCUUACACCUGAACAAGAACGUCAAAAAUUAACUCAACAAGUUAAAGAAGAUAAUCAAGAACUUGCAGCUAUGGAAAAGCGAAUUAGUGAAUUAAAAGAACGCAAUGAAAAUCUUAAACAAUCCUAUGAAAAUGAUGAUAUUCCUUCAUCAUUAUUAGUUGAACAACAAAAUAAAUCAGCAACAGUUGAUGAUGAUACAAAACAAAAAUAUCUCGAAUUAAAAAAACGUGAACAACAUAUCGAUGAAUUUUCUGUUACAUAUGAACAAUCACGUGACCAAUUUUUAAAUGAUAUUAAAAAUAUACAGAAAAAUAAUUUAACUUUAUUAGCAUUAAUUAGUCGUACACUUGUCAAAGGUGAUGGAGUAUUAACACGUGAUGAUUAUACUCAAUUAAAAACAAAUAUUGAUCAACAUGAAGCUGAAAAGAAAAAAUCAAAUGAUACACUUGCAAUUUUAGCUGAACAACAUCGUAAAGUCAAACAAGAUUAUACUAAACUUGAAACACUUGAUCAAAAAUUAACCGAUGAACUUCAAGAAUUAAAAAAACAAUAUGCGAAAAUGCAAGAAGAUUUAGAGAAAUUUAAUGAUAUUGAAGGUUUAAAGAGAAAAGCUGAAAAACGUAAAAUACAAUUAGCUGCAGAUAAAGUCAAUAUGGGUAAACAAAGACAAGUUACGAAAGCGGAAAUUACAGCAUUACAAUCACAAUUUGAAGCUGCACAAAAUCAAUUAAGAGAUAAUGAAACACAUCAACAACUUGUUGGUCUUGAAAAGAAAUUACAAAGUGUUUCUCAAACAUUAUUUACUCUCGAUGAAACUCUAGGUUCUCAAAAUUCGCAAGGUCAAUAUGAACAAAUCAAACGUCAAGCAUUAGAACUCGUUCAAGCACAUAAUCAAUGGUUAAUUCAACAUUUUCAAAAUUCUCCUAUUGCUUAA